AUGCCACAAAGCUCACGUAUAGACGAAUUAGUCGCAGAAUGGCUCAGAUAUGAUAAAAACCCAGAAACUCGCUCCGAGAUUGAGCAUCUCUGGGAUGACGGCGAGUGGGAUGAGCUCGACGCAAGAUUAGGGCAGCGUAUUGAAUUCGGCACGGCUGGCCUGAGAGCUAAAAUGCAAGCCGGUUACUCGUCUAUGAACGAUCUGAUCGUCAUACAAGCUGCACAGGGGCUGGCUGCCCAUCUUUCCACUCUACCAGAUGCUCUCAAGAGAGGUGUCGUUGUAGGCCACGACCACCGCCACAACUCGAAGCGCUGGGCUGGUCUCACCACCCGUGCUUUUCUUAACCGUGGUUUCAAGGUGUAUUCAUAUAGGGGUGUAGUACACACGCCACUCGUUCCCUUUGGCGUUAAGAAGCUCGGUGCCGUUGGCGGUGUGAUGGUUACUGCCUCCCACAACCCCGCUCAAGAUAAUGGUUGGAAGGUCUACUACGAGAAUGCUGUCCAGAUUAUCCCCCCUGUAGACUCUGCUAUCGCUGACGCUAUUCUCGAAAACCUCGAGCCGGAGGAUGAGGCCUGGGAUUGUGAUACUGUGCGUGAACAUCCUCUUUGCGAAGAUAAGACAAACAACAUGCGCUACGAGUAUCACAAUCACGUCGCAGCUCUCUUCCCACCAGAAGAAGCGGCCGAUUUGGCCAUCACGCAUACUUCGUUCCACGGCAGUGCCGAUCUGUCCAUUGCGCGCGCUUUCGCCGUAACGGGACUGCCACCAAUUAUGACCGUCAGACAGCAACGGGAUCCAGAUCCAGAUUUCCCUACACUCCCAUUCCCUAACCCAGAGGAAAAGGGUGCUUUGUCGCUUGCUAUAGAUACAGCAAACAAGAAUGGCAGCCAGUAUAUUCUCGCUAACGAUCCUGAUUCUGAUCGUUUCCUCGCUGCUGAGAAGAUAGAUCUCAACCAGUGGCAUAUAUACACAGGCGACGAGUUGGGCGCUAUCUUUGCAUCGUAUAUUAUUGAAGAGUACAAGAGGACGAACCGUCCAAUGGACAAAAUGGCAAUGGUAGCUUCGACAGUCUCAUCUAAGAUGCUCGGUGCUAUGGCCACAGCUGAGGGCUUCCACUUCGAGGAUACGCUAACCGGUUUCAAAUACAUAGGCAACAAGGCUCUCGAAUUGGAGAAGAGGGGUUACGCGGUAGAAUUGCUCUAUGAAGAGGCUAUCGGGUUCGGUUUGUCGCCGUUUAUUAGAGAUAAGGAUGGCAUUACUGCUGCUAUUGCUUUCGUUCGUCUUGCUGCGAGAUUAAACAGGAGAAAUACGUCCGUCUUCGCUCAGUUACAGCUGCUUUAUAAGAAGUAUGGGUUUUUCGGUACACGUAAUAGUUAUUUCAAGUGCGGCGCAAAUGAUUUGAAAGAAAAGAUAUUCCGGGGACUGAGGGAGAAUGAUAGUGCCACCGGCUACCCAGCUCAAUUGGGACCAUUCGAGGUGGAAAACGUCAGGGAUCUCACGGAAGGACAUGCGUUUGACUCUAAUCAGCCAGACAAAAAGCCAGUGCUGCCCGUGUCUGCUGGGAACAUGAUAACCUUUUACGGCAAGGCACAGAGCGGAGAGGCAUUCGUGAUGACAAUCAGGACAUCUGGCACAGAGCCGAAAAUCAAGUAUUAUUUGGAAGUCAGCAGCAAGGACCAAACUACGAUCGACGUGAAGCUGACAGAAGCCGAGAACGCACUGGCUAGCGACUGGGUCAAGACAUCUGAGCUUGGUUUGUAA